AUGGCGAACGAUAGAACUUUGAGGGAAUUCUCAGUGCCCACAGUUGAUGGUAGUUUUCCAAGUAUCACUAGGCAAUCAGUUCAAGCCAAUAAUUUUGAGAUAAAGCCGACAAUCAUUCAAAUGAUCCAACAGUCGGUACAGUUUGGGGGAAAUCCAAAUGAAGAUCCAAACUCACAUAUUGCUAACUUCUUCAAGAUAUGCAACACAUUUAAAGCAAACGGAGUGUUAGAUGAUGCCAUCAGGUUGAGAUUAUUUCCAUUUUCACUAAAAGAUAAAGCAAAGGGAUGGUUAUUGGCACUACCAGCAGGGACAAUCACCACCUGGAAUGAAUUUGCACAAAGGAAACUAGAGAUUGGUGAGGUGAAGCCCACAACCGUAUCCUUGCAGCUUGCAGAUUGA